AUGGAGUACGUGAAGGAAAGGGACGACAAGGUGCACAAGGAGCUCCACCUGCUCCGGUCUGGCUCCUGCGAGUGGCGUGUCAAGCGGCCUGUGAUCAGCUGGUACGCCGACGCCGGUGAAUGUAUGGACGACAUGGCGUCCUCGUGGCGAAACAACUUGGUUAUACCCGUCGGCAACCAGCUGCUCUUCUGGGUCGACUUGGCGCGCGGCCUCCUCUUCUCCGACGACGUGUUCGACGAGAGCCCCAGCCUGUGGUACAAGCCGCUCCCCGAGGAUGCCGAUCUCAGCCUGCGGAGUGUGUGUGUCACCGCCGACGGCUGCACGAUAAAGUUCGUCAACGUCUUUCCCCGUUGCUGCUGCGGUGGCGCCGGCAAAUCCAAGUGCCGUGCUUCUCACCAUGCCUACGCCAUCCACACCUGGACGCUGAGGAUGGACGUCGACAUUGCCUGGGUGAUGGACGGCAGUCUCGACGCCACCCAGCUCUGGGCCCUCGACGGCUACAAGGGCCUCCCACGCGUCGAGCUGGACAGCCCCGUCAUGAGCAUGGACAAAACCGAUGCCAUCUGCUUCGUGGUGUGCGAGAGACAUCAAGAAAAACAUGGCGACGAGACAAUGUGGUGGAUCAUGGUCGAUAUGAAGAGCAAGACGCUUGGAUCGGUCUUUCGCUACCCCGAAGGGCGGAGGUGCAGUAGAUGGGGCCGUCCCUUGCCCAGCAGAGUCUCCAAAUACUUCAACUCUAAACCAAGCACGGGCCAGCCAGGUCCAGCUGCACAAACAGAAGCUAUGCUAAACUUGAGGAAGAGAAGGAUCAAUAAUAAGCUGCAAGCAAUCAACAGCACUAUGCAGGCAGCUUCACCUUCACCGGAUACGGCGAUCUUGACCGCUCUUCAAGAGAUACCUAGCUUGGAUCGUGAUGAAUUGCUGAAAGCCUAUCGGAUUCCUACACAUGACGAUAGUGGACGCCGGUUCAGAGCUCUUAUAGGGCUGCCAAUGGAUUUGAGGAAGGAUUGUGUGCUGAUGGAGAUCAAAGCCAGUGAAGCUUGUGUUUUGUGCUCUGCAUGCUCAGCAGACCUGCAAAUAAAAGAAUGA